ACGGCUUUGUGCUUUGUAUAUUUGUCUGCGUUCUGUUUAUAUUUAAAAGGAGAUUGUGUUAAUGACUGAUGUUAAGGAAAUGUCGUGUAGGCUUUGCCUUAAAAAUAUAUCCGAUGAAAGUUUUGAAGUGAUAAACAACAUUAUCAGAGGCAUUCUAGAUGGUCUUUUGCUGAAAUUGAAAUUUGAAGAAAGAAAAGAGGUUAUAUGUAACGCUUGCAGAAGAAAGUUAAAUGCGGCUUCAGAAUUUAAGUCGACGUGUUUGAAUACCGAUAAAACAAUUAUUCCUUAUGUGGAUAGCGAAAAAAUGUUACAGCUCGACCUAAGAGAAGUGUACAUGCAGGAAAAGAAAAGUGAAUUAGUUUGCAGUCAGAAAAUAUGUCGAUUGUGUAUGCAGCCAGUAGAAAGUGAGUUUAGGUGCAUAUGUGAAGAGGAACUUGAAGCUAUUCAGAAAUUGACACCUGAAAUGGUAUGA